AUGUAUUUGUGUACAUGUGGGGUCUUACUUGUGCUGCUGCGGUCCUCUUCAGUCGUUGCCAGGUGCGGCCAGACUGCGGCGACGUCACCUGUUUCAGCCCGUCACCUUGGUGAGGAAGAUUCGCAUGCAAAUAGCAAUCGGCCAGCCUCGGUAAGCGUUCCACCGUCUGCGGGUCACAUCGUGGAUACAGAGAUUGGUUUAAAGAAACUCCUAGACUGGGAACGCCUGCAACAGACGAUAUACGACAUUAGCUCUCUCAGUGAUCUAUCAAAUGGCGUCGAAAGUGCAGCACUGUAUGGGGUUCUACAAGACAAGCUACAACGACUACGAGAGCGACUGGCAGACGGCUUCCAGGGAUCCCACAGCUCUGCAAGCGCUAUUUUGCCAGUCCAGCAGAUCCUGUGUAAAGAACAGCCAAACGCCUCCGGAUGUAGUGGUGAGAUCAGCAGCGGAAUGCAUGACACGCUGGUACGUCAGGCGUCAAGUGCGUCCUUCACCGAGCGUGUUGCCGACCGUGCCGCCUCUGAUGGGCUUUUAAAAAUUCCGUAUGAUGGAUUGGUAACUCCAUUACCUGUUCAAAUUCAAGAGCAGAUACAAAAGAACCUUGAGAUCGAGCAGGUUAUCUUAGAACACAAAUUGCUUUUGCAGCAGCUGGCCUUAAACAAGCAAAUUGAGGAGUUUCGUAGGGACAUAGCCUUUGAAGAAUGGCUGGAUUUCUGGAAUCAGCUGGGACCCCAGGUGUAUGACCAGCCAGUACCCGAAGACACUGCAGACGAUACUGAGGCAUCAGAAUUGCUCGAGAGGCUUGCUUCUCGGUACCCACAACUCUUCGAAGAUCAAGCGUUUGCGCCCCUACCGAUUCAGAAACCCCCAUCUACCAUAUCCCAGACUAAGCCGCUGUCUACAGAGGUGGUAACACAGACUGAGGGUUUUAGGGGAUCACAGGAAGAUAGACGCUCCAAACUCGGUUCUCCUGUCACGGCUCAAACACAUCAAGAGCCUUCACCACCAGCGUUACAUAGUACAGAAUAUAGCGACGCUCAGAGGCCUUCGGUGCCUGUUAAGUACUCCGAAUCUCGGCAAGGAGUUCCAGACACGUUGGCGAAGAAAUUGAUCGUCACGCCAUCUACAGAUAUAUCCGCUGUCAACCAGGCACAUAAUAUAAAACGGUCUGCGCAAGGACCUGCGACCAGACCAGAGGCGGGAUCGCCCAGAGGGCAAUUUGAACCCCAGCCGCCCUCAUCGGCUCCCUUCCAUCCAACCCCAGUUCAUACAUCUGGAACAAUCCAAGACAUCUCGAUCAAGGUGCGUGCACCCACGGAGGGGAAGAAUAUGAAAAUGUUGUUCGAUUCGCAGCUUGGAUGGUUCUGGCAAGAAUUACUGCAAAGCGUUGGGUGGGUAGCGACCUCUCUAGCACAAGUGGCAUUUCCGACAUUACCAGCACGAUGGUUGUUUGGUGGUCCUCUGCAGGCUAUGGAGUACACAGACAAGAAGAUACCGCCUGCCCCUCUGAUGUCAAGUCUCCGCGGCGGACUUCCAGGUUCAAGGGCAGCAACCGAUGAACACCUUGCUGACGACAGGCUCGACCAGAAGAGCCUGAUGAUGCCACCUGCCGGUGCUGGAACAGUUGGACUGUUAGACAAUUCCAUUUUCGGGCGGCACUACACAAGUUCUUCCGAAGAGAGGGAAAAUAAUGAUAGACAAGAGAGUUCCAAAACUGGGCCGCUCUUGAAUCUUUUUAAAGCGUUACGGGACGUGUUGGCUGUCAACUGA